UAAGCAUCCCUUCUUCUUUCCACUUUCUUUCUCUCUCUCUCUCUCUCUCUCUCUCUCUCUCUCUCUCUCUCUCUCUCACUCUUUCUCUCACAAAUGUCUAAAAUCACAGUAACCUCUCCAAAACACUGUGCUGCAAAAGAAGGAUUGAAGAUUAAGAGCAACUACAAGAAGCUCUACUUCACUUUAUCAGCAUUUUUUACCUCAAUUCUACUGCUAAUACUUCUUAUUUGGCUCAUCCUCCACCCUGCCAAGCCUCAAUUCUCCCUCAAAGAAGUUGACAUCUACCAGCUGAGUCUCUCAGGCCCCAAUCUCAACUCCUCCAUCCAACUCACCCUCUUCUCCAAGAACCCUAACCAGAAAGUUGGCAUUUACUACGACGAGAUUCAAGUCUAUGCAGCCUACAAGGGGCAGCAAAUUACCGCUGACACGCCUGUGCCACCCUUCUACCAGGGCCAAGAGGAGAGUAAUCUCAUAACAGCCUCUUUGGUGGGAAACAUUUUACCUGUGGCUCCCUCUCUUGGCUUUGAACUGGGUCGUGAUCAAACUGUUGGAAGACUGGUUUUGAAUCUCAAAGCCAAUGGAAAGCUUCGUUGGAAGGUGGGAACUUGGGUUUCUGGGCGUUACAGGUUCAAUGUUAAUUGUGUCGCUAUCAAUGCCUUUGGACCCUCUAUUCCUGCAGCUCCUCUCACUUCCAAUCGAGGAGCGCAGUGCUCUACCACACUCUAAAAUCAGCAUCAUCUUGCUAACUUCAACGUAUAAAUGGUAAUGGUAUAAUCCAGUACUACUCAUAUCAAGAAGCUUUCUUGUUUUGCAGAUUUUUGUUGGCUUUGUAUUGAAACGUGUUUUUGCAGCCGCUAAGUGAUUUGUAAAUAAAAUAUAUGUUAAUGGUAGGACAUAAAAAAGUUACACUUUGUGAGUGAAAAUGAAAAGAGAAUGCUUAUUAUC